AUGGGCUUGCGGGACGCGGGGAGGGCUCGCCCCGGUGGGCGGCGGAGCCCGCAUCCCUCCCCGGCUCCGCUCGGAUCUCCGGGCGCUGGCGAUGCGCCGCGGCCGCGGUGCCCGGCUGCCUGUCUGCUGCGGGCGCCGCCCGCUCGUCCCCGGACCCACGCGGGGCCACCCCCGGCGUGGGCGGUGUCUCGCUGCCGCCUCGACGGCGGUCAUCGCCGGCCACCAGCGCCGCCCGGCCCCGGCGGAGGGAAGAGCAGGCGGCGGCCGCAUCCUCCUCUCCGGUGCGACCCCCGGCAGCCUCUUGUGGAGCCGGCAGGGCCCGACCUUUCCAGCAGAGGACUUGAGAGAUUAAAAGCAUCUGGCAUAGCCCAGGACUACUGCAAAGUUGCAGUUGUGUCUAUGCUUCCUCUUGGUGACCCCCAAGAGAAGCUGCUGUGGUUGUUGUUCAUUGAGCUGAAUUUGGGGCAGCAAGAGGAGGUUUGGUGUGUGCCUGUUGCUCUGCAGGCUCUGGAGCCUCAAGCAAGAAGGGUUGGUUUGCAAAUCCCUAGCGAGUUAAGGAUAAGCCAGUCAUGAACGCGGAAGCCUGAAUCCCAAACAUGUUGCGCUUCAAGUGUGUGCAUGUUGUAGUUACAAGCACUCCAUAAAAGCAGCCAAUGGGGCUGGGUAAGAAAGCAAAUGGUGGU